AUGGAGGCAUCGCGGGUGAAGCUCAGGCCGAAUCCGCGCCAACACGCGAACCUUCUCUCGAUACUGACCUUUUGGUGGACCGCCGACAUGUUCCGGAAGGGCUACAAUCAUAAGUUUGAAGUUGACGAUCUGUACGCCCCGCUGGACGAGGAUCGCGCCAACCGGCUGGGGGAUCAAUUAGAAAACCAAUGGAACAAACAGGUUGCGCAACACAAAAACGGAACAUCUGCACACAGCCCUUCGCUGGUGCGUGCCAUUUUCCGUACGUUCUGGAAAGAAUGGAUGACCCUUUCGGUGCUUGCGCUGUUCGCUGAAGUUGUGCUCCGGCUGUUACAACCGAUCUUUCUCGGUCGAUUACUGCUCUACUUCCGCGAAGGAUCCCAAAUGACGCACCAAGAAGCGUUGUACUAUGCGUGCGCCAUGAUGGCUGUGCGUGCGAUCAUCGUACUGUGCGAUAAUCAGUACGGUAUCAUCUCCUGCCUGACCGGAGUGAAGGCAAAGAUUGCCGUGUGUAGCGUGCUGUACCGGAAGUCCUUACGCCUGUCGCGGAACGCACUCGGCGACACGUCCCCGGGAAAGGUGGUCAAUUUGAUGUCGAAUGAUGUGAACCGAUUCGAUAUAGCAUCGUAUCUAGUUUGCUUUAUGUGGACCUCGCCGGUCGUGAUGGUGCUGGCGGCUGGGAUUCUCUGGUACGAAAUCGGCUGGUCGGGAGUGCUGGGUUUAGUGGCCAUCAUCGUCAUUACCCCGAUACAGUCGUACACUGGCACACUCACGUCGAGGUAUCGCCUCCGAACAGCCCUCAAAACCGACGAACGGAUACGGCUCAUGGACGAGAUCAUCGCCGGAAUUGCCGUCAUCAAGAUGUACGCCUGGGAGGUGCCAUUUGCCAAGCUCAUUUCGGAAGCUCGCCGGAAGGAGCUAAAGGAGGUGUUGAGAAGUGGCUAUCUGCGGGCAUUGUACAUGUCGUUUCAGCUGUUCACGACACGGGCCGCCAUUCUGGGCGUGAUGUUGGCGUUCAUCGCUCUCGAUGAGGAUAUAACGGCGGCGAAGGUGUUUGUGGCCGCCAGCUACCUCUCGAACGUUUCCUACACAAUGGCGGGUCUGUUUGGCCGGGGGAUCGCGGAGUUGGGUGAAGGGCUUGUGGCAACACGCCGAUUGCAACGAUUUCUUGAGUACGACGAGGUACAGCUGCAGGAUGUCAAAGAAACUCCACUCAACAGCAAACAACCGUUGCAUGAAAAGGAGAUCGAAAAUGGACAAGCGGGUGAAACGAUUGCACUGUUGGAGGAAACACACGAUCGACUCCCGGAGGAUGAUGUGGUGAUAUCGAUGUGCAAUCUAACCGCCCGCUGGACGAUGCCGGCUGACCUGGAAGACACGACGGAGGAUUUACCCAAAGCGCCAACAACGCUAUCCGAGCUAAACGUGCGCUUCAAACGAGGUAGCCUGGUCGGAAUCGUCGGACCAGUUGGUUCCGGGAAGAGUUCCAUCCUGCAGGUGUUGCUCCGUGAGCUACCAGUAGAAAGUGGUGGCCUCGCUAUGAGUCCAAACUGUUCAAUUGCGUACGCCAGCCAGGAACCAUGGCUUUUUACCGGUACUCUACGCCAAAAUGUGCUGUUCGGAAAACAACUAGACCAAUAUCGGUAUAGGCAGGUGUUGAAGGUGUGCGCCUUACAACCGGAUCUAGCGCAUCUACCGGCCGGGGAUCUGACCAUCAUCGGUGAACGUGGCGUUUCGUUAUCCGGUGGACAGAAAGCUCGCAUCUGCUUGGCCAGAGCGGUCUAUAGGAAAGCAGAUGUGUACCUGCUGGAUGAUCCACUCAGUGCAGUGGAUGCACACGUCGCCAAACACCUUUUCGAGCUAUGCAUUGGCAACGGAGGCUUCCUGACACGACGCAACCCAAAUGCGACCCGGAUACUGGUAACCCACCAAGUGCAUUUCUUAAAGCAAGCAGACUGGGUCAUAGUCAUGAAGGAGGGUAAAGUGGAAGCGCAAGGAACACCGCACGAUUUACAGAAACAAGGCAUCGAGCUGGAACACCUUGACCACUUGGAAUCGACCGAAAACGUAGACGCGUCCGAGUACAGCAGGAAGCUGUCGCACACCUCAACCAGCUCCUCCAUCACGGUGGACAGCGUUGUAAUGGAAGAGUUAACCGCCGAACCCAACAAUGGCGAAAGCCAAGAUGCUAAGGGCAAAUUUGAAGCCUCCUCACACGGGUCCGUAUCAGGAUCAGUGUUCCUGCAGUACGUCGGCAGUGCCGGUAGUUGGGUGAUUUUUGUCGGACUUCUGCUACUCUUCGCCAUCACGCAGCUGAUCGUGAGCGUUGCUGACUGGUGGCUCUCUUAUUGGACUGCGCUCGAAGAAGGAGGCGCUUUCGUGGUUGCAAAAAACCUCAAUAAUACGGAACCAUCCCUUUCUACCAACGGUGUAUCGGCUUUGCUCGAUCGGGACGCGUGCGUAAUCAUACAUGCCACGCUCGUAGGGACGAUAUUCAUCGUGGCGCUAACACGGGCCUUUGGCUUUUACAAGGCUUGCGCUCGGUCCUCUCAAUCCAUCCACGACGGUGUGUUUGCGGGCUUCAUUGGUGCUCCGAUGCGAUUUUUCGAAACCAACGCAUCCGGUCGUAUCCUGAACCGGUUCUCGAAGGACAUGGGCGCGAUGGACGAUAUGCUGCCAAAGUCCAUCCUGGACGCGACACAAACGCUGCUCAUGUUCGCGGGUGCCAUGAUGGUGGUCGUGUUCGUACAGCCGUUUUUCAUGGUGCCUAUUCUGCUGUUGCUAGCCGUCCUGCUGGCAGCUCGACGAGUGUACCUUCGCACGUCUAAAAACACCCGCCGGCUGGAAGGAAUAAGCAGAUCACCUAUCUUCACUCACAUUGCGGCCACCCUGAACGGAUUGCCAACGAUUCGUUCGUACGGAGCGCAACAGCUACUGAUCCAGGAGUUCGACACACACCAGAACGUGAACACGGGCGCAUGCUUCAUGUUUCACGCGGGUCGCAUCGCGUUCGGGCUUUUCCUGGACACCAUCUUCUUCCUGUUUCUCUCGAUUGUAACGUUCAGCUAUCUGCUGCUGGAAGAGGACGCCAUCGGAGCACGUGUUGGUCUCGCCAUAACGCAGAUAUCCAGCAUCGGCAGUCAGCUGCAGUUCGGUAUUCGACAGAGCGCUGAAAUGUUCAAUCAUCUGAUCGCGGUGGAACGGUUACUUGAGUACCGCCAGCUUCCGGCUGAACGUGAUGCCACAUGUCAGCAAACGCUAGCUGGAAGCAAGCAGCAGACAACACGUGCAGUUCCUAUUCCCAUCGUUCCUGUGCCGACCGAUUGGCCUCAGCGUGGUGGCAUAGAAUUUGCUAACGUAUCUUUCCGUUAUGCCGAACACGACGUGGCCGUUUUGCGCGGUCUGUCCUUCACGAUCAAACCACAAGAGAAGGUUGGUAUCGUAGGACGCACCGGGGCGGGAAAAUCGUCUAUCAUCGCCGCCCUUUUCCGGAUGGCACUCGUCGAGGGAGACAUACUGAUCGACGGCAGAAACACGAGCAACGUGCCACUGGAAACGUUACGCUCGCACAUCUCGAUUAUCCCGCAAGAUCCUGUUCUGUUUUCUGGAACCUUGCGCCGCAAUCUGGACCCAUUCGAGGCGUACCCGGAUGCUGCGCUGUGGCGGGCGUUGGAAUUGGUGGAGUUACGUGAGCUAGCUAGCGCAUCAUCCGCUGGGUUAGGAUUGCAGGCUUACGUUGCGGCUGGUGGUCAAAACUUCAGCGUUGGUCAACGCCAAUUGCUCUGUCUCGCACGUGCCAUUCUACGGGGUAACCGGAUCCUGGUGCUCGAUGAAGCAACCGCUAACGUGGAUCCUGACACGGAUCGGCUUAUUCAGCGCGCCAUUCGGGAGCAGUUUGCAGAAUGUACUGUGCUGACGAUCGCACACCGGCUCAACACCAUCAUGGAUUAUGACCGCGUGUUGGUGAUGAGUGAAGGGACGACGGUCGAGUUUGGACGGCCGGUUGAGUUGCUCGCAAAGGAAGAUGGUGCGUUCCGGGAUAUAGUGCUCGCGACCGGGCGAGAUGAAGCUGAAAACCUUCUCAAGAUGGUACAAAGUGCCAAACAGGCAGCUAGUUAGUUUCAACGAAAGUUGUAAAAUAAUACCCUCAUUAGAGUGUACUUAAACCAAGUGUAGCAGGUGAAAACCCCCACCUAAGGUGCUUUCUUCGGUACAGAUGGAAUAGUUUGAACAAUAAAAUCCAGUGA